UUGGCUGUAGUCUGAUUUUGGAAUGCAGACGCCAAUUUGGAGCCUUGGAACCCGUCUCUGCUUAGGAACAGCAUUCUUUACAUGGUACAGCUCAGGGUGGGACCCGUCUCCAUCACCCUACUCAGGCUUCCACAGAGGGUUCUUGAUGAGCUCCGUCCUCUUCUGCCGGCAACUCCUGGGCAGGAGAUAUGGCUCUAGUCAGAUGGAGACUGAGAAGAGGGAACUUCCACCUGCUGAGCAGAGUGUUGCUGCUGAAACUCACAGUUGUCAUCAUCUCCGUGCUUCUGUUUUGUGAAUAUUUCAUCUACCACCUAGUCAUCUUUCAGUGCCAUUGGCCUGAGGUGAAGACACUAGCCCAUGGCGAUAGGCAGAAGCCUGUGCUGAAAGCCAUGUUUCUGGCUGACACUCACUUGCUUGGGGAGAUAAGAGGCCACUGGCUGGAUAAAUUACGGAGGGAGUGGCAAAUGGAGAGAGCCUUUCAGACAGCUCUGUGGUGGCUGCAACCGGAAGUCAUCUUCAUUUUGGGGGACAUCUUUGAUGAAGGGAAGUGGAGCACCACUGAGGCCUGGGCAGAUGACGUGCAACGGUUUCGGAAGAUAUUCAGGCAUGGUAGCCAUGUGCAGCUGAAGGUGGUCAUUGGCAAUCAUGACAUUGGCUUCCACUAUCAGAUGAGUAAAUACAGAAUAAAACGAUUUGAGAAAGUGUUCAGCUCAGAAAGGCUGUUCUCUUGGAAAGGAGUUAAUUUUGUGAUGGUCAACAGCGUCGCAAUGGAAGGGGAUGGUUGUAGCAUCUGCUCUGAAGCGGAAGCUGAACUCAGAGAGAUUUCUCGUAAACUGAAUUGCUCCCGAGAGGUGCAGGGAUCCAGCCAGUGUGAAGGGGAGCAGCGGCUCCCCUUUUCUGCCCCCGUGCUGCUGCAGCACUACCCGCUCUAUCGGGCCAGUGAUGCUAAUUGUUCUGGUGAAGAUGCAGCUCCUCCGGAGGAAAGGAACGUCCCCUUCGAGGAGAAAUAUGAUGUCCUUUCUCGGGAGGCUUCACAAAAGCUGCUGUGGUGGCUCCAGCCUCGCCUGGUUCUGAGUGGCCACACACACAGCGCCUGUGAGGUGCUCCAUCCUGGAGGAGUCCCCGAGGUGAGCGUCCCGUCCUUCAGUUGGAGGAACAGAAACAACCCCAGCUUUAUCAUGGGCAGUCUGACAUCCAAGGACUAUGCUCUCUCCAAGUGCUACCUCCCAUUUGAGGACAGGGUGCUGGCCACAUACGGUGCAGCAGCGGUCUUCCUUGUGGUCCUCAUCUUAGCUCACUUGGAGCGUCUGCCCUCAUCCUUUCUGUUUGGUUGGAAACUUCGCAAAAUGCACAUGAGAGGAUGAAGAGCCUGUGAUUGUUGCAUAUGGUAAUAUAAAUCAAAGCCAAAGACAUAGGACUUCCAGUGGGGCUGCCGUGAGCCACAGAGAAGAGCCCAGGUUAAUUGUCCUUAUGCACACCAUGGGAAUUCUGAAUUAUCAAUGCCAGUGAUUGCAGAAUAAACAGUUGACUGUCCUAUUCUCAUGCUAUAAAAAAAUGGAAUGUGUACAACAAAUUCGUCUUUUUGUUUUAUCAAAUAUAUGUAUAAUCAAAGGUUG